AUGUUUGCACUAUACAGUUUUGGAAUUGCAUUAUAGUUGUUUCAUGUGUACAUAAGUUGAGCACCAUUCAACAUCUUAUGGAAUGCAUUUCUCCCCACUACUUGUUGCACAGUGCUUUAAAAUUUGAAUUGUUCGUUAGUACGGUUAAUCCUGAUCCGCCUUGUAUCGUAAUUCCUCUAUUAACUUAGAAUUGUUCGAUGAAAUGUGAAAACUUAUCAAAAGAUGAGCGAUUCUGGAGAUCAUGUUAAAUACAAAUGGACCCCCGAAAGUACUGCAUUGUUAGUAUCAGUAUGGUCAGAUAGACAAGUGCAAAAACAACUUGAAUAUGCAUCAAAACCGCAGCUCAUUUGGGAAAGUAUUGCACGGUAUAUGAAAAAAAAAGGAUAUAACGUUUCUGGUAAACAAUGUCGAUCCCGUAUGAAACAAGUUCUGGUCUGUUACCGUGAAGCUAAGAGAGCUGGUACUCGAGCUGGGGUAGAACAAUAUUAUGAAUCGAUAGAUAGAGUUCUGAAGAAUAAACGUAUGGAAGGAAAUAACAUGAAUGGUAUAGACACUGUAGACGCAACAAUGAACGUAAAGUCUCCAUCUAAAGAUGCAAAAACAAACAAGAAUUUGCAAACAAGAUAUAAAUAUCAAGAGCCUAUACAAUCAUUCCAUCGUACUGAAGCACUAUCACCCACUUGGACAUUAACACGUGAAAAUGAAUAUCCAGAUUCUCCUGAAUCGAACGAAACUGUAAUAGCUCGACCAUAUAGGGUUUUCUCUCCUACAAGAGAUGUAGCUAUUAACACUGGUGAACAAUUGACUCAGGCAAUUGGUAAACCAAUCCAGCGUAAUUAUUUGUCUGAAGAACCGGUACAAGCAACUUAUAAACAAAACUUUUUAUCUAAUUACGGGUACGGAGAAAUACCCUACCAGAAUACAGUACAAAAUGUGCAGAAUCAAAUAAUUCAAGAGAACAUGCAGCAGAAUCAAAUAAUUCAAGAAAAUAUGCAACAGAAUCCCAAUUUACAACGAACCUGUAUGCAUAAUCAACCGAAUAUGUUGGUUAACAAUCUAAAUCAUCCGCAAAAUUUUAAUCACGGCUUAACAAGCCAGUCUAUGGAUGUUCCCGUACAAAUUAGACCAGCAAUGGUACAAAAUCCUAAUUUAGAACAUAUAAUUCUACAACAAAAUCAAUUACAACAAGUAAAUAAUCGUGCGAUGCCUCAGGAGCCUAAAAAAGUCACGUUUGGACACAAUUUAACAAGCACGUAUCAACAACAGUAUGGCAAUUUAAUAACUCACAUGCCUGUUGUAGUGAAUGCAAAACAAACCGGCUCGUUAUCCCCUGAUUAUUCACCAGAUGUAUCUCAGAAUUUAAACGAUGCUUUCUGUCAGUCAAAAAGUACCGAGGAAACAGAUAACUUAAACGAAACCUAUAACAAAUACGUACAAGUGCCAAAUCCUUUAACGGUACAAACUCCUGAUGUUUCUGUAAUAACCAACAACGCGACAUGUAACGACGACAGCUUAUUAGAACUUUUAAUAAAUUCACCGACUCCAUCAGAAAUUGAUAAUAAAUCUAAGGAUACUGCUGUUAACACGGAUGAUAUUCCGUACGUUCCAUUAAGGAAAAAGAAAGUACAAAAGUUAGAGCAACUUGUGUUAAGUGCUAUUAAUUCUCAAAACGAAGUUGUUAAUAAGAUCCUUACUGCCCAAAAUGAUAUGGUAACAAAAUUCUUAGAUAUAGACAGAGAUCGUCAGAACAGGCUUGAGAACCGUUUAGAUGAUCUAUUAAAGGUAAUUCAUAAUUCUGCACAAAUGAAACAAGCUUCAGAGGUAGAUAUUGGACUACCUCCGGUGCCUCCAGCACCACCAGAGCCUAUGAUAACAUCUUUGGUACCUCCUCCAAAACCAGGGGUUGCUCCUCCAAAGUUGGAUUUGGUACCCCCAAAACCAUGUAGGGUGCCUUGUACGAUGCCUAAUUCUAAUAUUGAAUUAAUCAAUCAAAACCCCAUAGCCACUAGGCCUGGUGUAGUUUCGCCCAUAACCAGUCCAGUAAAGAAGCCUGGCACUAUAUGGUCAAAAUUAGGACCGGUAUCACAGUCCCCUUUCGUGAAAGCACAGCAACGCUUAGGCUUUCAGCCUGUCUCGAAUAUGGAUACUCGUACUCAGUCCUCUGCAGAAAGACGCAUAGCUAGAGAACUGGACAAGGGUAUGGAUACAGAGACUCUAUUGUACGAGACGAAAAAAUUCUUAGAAGCAGAGAAGGAAUUAGAAGAGAAGAUAGAAAAUGCUCGUCGCGAAGCAGCAAUGAGUCAAACGUUAAGUGCUCGUAGGAAAUUAUUUACACAAAGAGAGCCGACUACAGCGAUGAUACUGACCGCAGCUUUCUUGGAGAACGAAUGUCGCGUUUCAGAGCAAGAAUUUGCGAAUUCUUAUGAUAGAAAUGAUGGAAAUAUGAAAAAUACCGAUGAUGAUUUAUUAGCAGGACAAGGGGAAAGCUAUGAACGUUUGCGGCAAUUAAGUAUUCGACCUAAUUAUGUAACUAGCGAACCUUGUAAUACAUCUACACCGGCUAAACCUGGGACUGUUUCUAAUAAUAAUAAUGGAACAUCUGCACCACCGAAACAGACGAUCCAGCAGUUGGCUCAGCUUGUAAUGAAUACAGGAAGGUGGAAAGAUACUGUUGUGGUAAGUGAACAACGAAACGGUAGAUAUGAAAAUCAGAUAAAUGCACAGGAACAUCAGGAUACGCGUCCUGUUGCUUGCAACAGGACAUUCACUUUGCCAGAAAACAGAAUUCCAUCGAGAGAAAGUCAAAUGAAAACUGAUGAAAAUCAUAUUCAAGAUUGGAUAAACAAGGCAAAUGAUCCCAGAGCGCCGUACAGUUCUUCGUCCAAUGUAACAAAUCAGAAGCCUAAUUUUCCUGUAGGUUUUACAACCACGAUGUUGGAUACUGGAGGUUUAAAGAACAGGGAUUCAAAUACUGAAACGAAUAAACCGAUUGGGUUCAAUAGUAACACUGUACCGUAUCGUAAACAAAAUGUACGGUUCAUGGAUGAUUUGGCUGAAUUACAAAGGAUGUACUUUGAAACGGUUUACAAACAGCAGCAAAUGAAUGAUAGUUUACCUUACGUAGUGGGUAAUGAUCAUAUGCUUUCGCUUCAGAAUCAGCAAAUGAUUGAGAAAUACACCCACGAGGUAAAACAAAAAAGACAGUCUAAAGAUACUGACUCUGACAAUGAUGAAGAGUUUUUGGAUACUACUACCAGUAUGCCUCCAGUUGUUUCCCAUCGAGGUUCCCUCACCUCAACUGGUACGGUAUCUACGGAAAACGCGCAUUCCAUUAAAUUUCCAAAACCAGAUAAUUGUGUGAUUAGUUAAUCAUACAAGUAUGAUAAGAAAAUUUUGAUACUAUAUGUGCAAUCAAUUUUGUUUGAUUAUAAUGAAAUUGUUGGAUAACUUUCUUUAACUGUAUUUUCACAUUAUCCUGACUCAUAUUUUAAUACUAUUAGAUAGUUUCUAUAGAAAUUUUACUAUUUUAACUACAUUUGUUGAUUGCAAAAUAUUAAUUUUUGCCUUACCGAAAGGCAAUGGAUACGUUUGAUUAUAAUUAUUCGUUAAACUAUGCAAUGAAUGUUACAAAUAUUAAGUAUUUUCAUAGAAACUUUUUACUUUAUACGUGUAUUAUACUACUAAAACUUACGCUUUUAAUAAAAAUUAUUUUUUGUUAAUUAUUGUUAUAGCUUAUAAAUUUUUAUAAGAAUUUUAAGAUAGAACUGAAUUUGCUUACUUUUGAAAAUAGAAAAAAAAUGCAUUAAACCAAUUUUGUUGGAUUUCAAGGGUAUGUCGGUUUCCAGGAGCGUCAGAUUUUAUGAAAAAUGUUGAUGAUGCUGUAAUGAUAAAUAAAUUUUUAUUUGUACUCUUA